CAGACAGGUUUUGCAAGGUUGCCUAUGUUGCUUUACUAUGACCCAUUCCUGCCUGUUUUUGGCCUGUAAUGUUAAGUACUUUGACGCCCUGUUGCAAAUUUUGGCUCACAUUUUUGGAUUUAUUUUCCUGGUCUACCUGCCUGUUUCCAGCUAUUUAGGCAAUGGUACUUAGCAAACUGCUUCUAACUCUACCAGGUUCAAGAUACUCAUUAAUUGUCACCCCACAGUACUGGUCAGGACAUCACCAUGGGCCACUGGGAUCACUUCUCCCUCCUGUCCCCUACCCUGAGGCUAGCAGUCAUCACGGUGAUUCUCCUUCUCGAGCUCCAUCCCUCAUUGGCCGGCGCCCCCCCUGAGACGAGCUUGGGUGGUUCCGUUUCGGCAGUGUCCACAAAUAAAAGUGAAUGCAGCAAGGCUGAGCAGUGCUCAAAGGGGGUGAUCCUACCUAUUUGGGAGCCCCAAAACCCUUCAUUUGGUGACAAGGUUGCUCGGGCAACAGUUUACUUUGUGGCUCUGGUCUACAUGUUCUUGGGUGUGUCAAUCAUUGCUGACCGUUUCAUGGCAUCAAUAGAGGUCAUCACAUCACAGGAAAAGGAGAUCACCAUCAAGAAACCCAAUGGGGAAACCACCACUACUACUGUUCGGAUCUGGAACGAGACUGUCUCCAAUCUCACCCUCAUGGCUCUGGGCUCUUCGGCUCCUGAGAUCCUGCUGUCCGUCAUAGAAGUCAUGGGUCAUGGGUUCACUGCUGGCACACUGGGCCCCUCCACCAUUGUGGGCUCUGCGGCGUUCAACAUGUUUGUAAUCAUCGGGCUUUGUGUGUAUGUUGUGCCUGAUGGCGAGACAAGGAAGGUCAAGCACCUCCGCGUCUUCUUCGUCACGGCCACCUGGAGUAUCUUCGCCUACAUCUGGCUUUACCUGAUCCUGUCUGUGAUAUCGCCUGGAGUUGUGCAGGUGUGGGAGGGGCUCCUCACAUUCCUCUUCUUCCCCAUCUGCGUGGUGUUCGCCUGGGUGGCUGACCGCCGCCUGCUGUUCUACAAGUAUGUCUACAAGCGCUACCGCACUGGCAAGCAACGUGGAAUGAUUAUUGAGACCGAGGGCGAUCGUCCACUUCCUUCCAAGGUGGACAUUGAGAUGGAUGGGAAGAUGCUGAACUCUCAUGGUGUUGACUUCCUGGAUGGUCCGCUGGGUUUGGACCUAGACGAGAAGGAUUUGGAUGAGGAGGAGACCCGCAGAGACAUGGCCAAGAUCCUGAAGGAACUCAAACAGAAACACCCUGACAAGGAGGUGGAACAACUCAUUGAGCUUGCCAACUACCAAGUCCUGAGCCAGCAGCAGAAGAGUCGUGCUUUUUACCGUUGCCAGGCCACCCGGCUAAUGACAGGUGCUGGCAACAUCCUGAAGAAACAUGCAGCUGAUCAGGCACGAAAGGCCGUCAGCAUGCACGAGGUUCGCUCUGAUGCUGGUGAUAACGACCCCAUCUCUAAGAUCUUCUUUGAGCCCGGUUCUUACCAGUGCCUUGAGAACUGUGGUACAGUGGCGGUGAAUGUAGUGCGGCGUGGCGGCGACCUGGGUAAAACAAUUUCUGUGGAGUACCGGACAGAAGACGGCACAGCUAACGCUGGCUCAGACUACGAGUUCACAGAGGGUGUGGUGGUGUUCAAGUCUGGUGAGACGCUGAAAGAGAUCCGUGUGGGGAUCAUCGAUGAUGACAUCUUUGAGGAGGACGAAAACUUCCUGAUUCACCUAUCCAAUGUCAAGGUACUGACAUCAGAAGGUGAGGAGCCCGAGGAAGGCGAGUCAGCUAAUCAUGUGGACUCAGUUGCCUGUCUCAGCUUACCCUCCACAGCGACUGUUACCAUCUUUGAUGACGAUCACGCUGGUAUCUUUACGUUUGAGGAGCCUGUAUGCCAUGUGAGCGAGAGCGUUGGCACCAUGGAGGUGAAGGUGCUGAGAACGUCAGGGGCUCGCGGUGUGGUCAUGCUGCCAUACAAGACGGUGGAGGGAACAGCACGAGGCAGCGGAGAGGACUUUGAAGACAGUCAUGGCAUCCUGGAAUUUCAGAAUGAUGAGAUCUUGAAGACCAUAACCGUUAGGAUCUUAGACCGGGAGGAGUACAAUAAGCAGUCCUCCUUCUACAUUCUGCUCGAAACCCCCCAAUGGAGACGCAGUGGUAAGGAACGGACAGAGGAACAGCAAAAGGAAGAGGAGGAGGAAGAGGAGGCGCUGACGGGAAAAGAUGAAGAGGAGCGCCGCAUCGCCGAGAUGGGCCGCCCCAUGCUGGGCGACCACGUCAAACUGGAGGUCAUCAUAGAGGAAUCAUAUGAGUUCAAGAAUACAGUGGACAAGCUGAUUAAGAAGACCAACCUGGCUCUGCUGGUUGGAACCAACAGCUGGAGAGACCAGUUCAUAGAAGCCAUCACUGUGAGCGCAGGCGAGGACGAUGACGACGACGAGUGCGGGGAGGAGAAGCUGCCGUCGUGUUUCGACUACGUCAUGCACUUCCUCACCGUCUUCUGGAAGGUUCUGUUCGCCUUCGUCCCGCCCACAGAGUACUGGAACGGCUGGGCCUGUUUCGUCGUCUCCAUCUGCAUGAUCGGACUGCUCACCGCCAUCAUUGGGGACCUUGCCUCUCAUUUUGGCUGCACAGUGGGCCUGAAAGACUCAGUCACGGCAGUAGUGUUCGUUGCGUUGGGAACCUCUGUACCAGAUACCUUUGCCAGUAAGGUAGCCGCAAUCCAGGAUCAGUAUGCAGACGCAUCCAUCGGUAAUGUGACAGGUUCCAACGCUGUCAAUGUUUUCCUGGGCAUCGGGGUGGCGUGGUCUAUCGCUGCCAUCUACCACCACAGCAAGGGGGAGGAGUUCAAGGUGGAUCCUGGCACACUGGCCUUCUCCGUCACCCUCUUCACCAUCUUUGCCUUUGUCUGCGUUGCCACACUGAUGUACCGACGGCGGCCAGAGAUCGGUGGAGAGCUGGGCGGGCCCCGGACUGCGAAGGCCCUGACCACCAUGCUGUUCGUCAGCCUGUGGCUCCUCUACAUUCUCUUCUCCUCACUGGAGGCCUACUGCCACAUCCAGGGCUUCUAAGAUGACAGGAGAUGAUGAAGGGAAGGGUGGGACAGAGGGAGAACAUGGAAGAAGAAACCAAGGGGAGGUGGGUGAAUGGAUGGAUUUUGAAAUUAAGGCUGUACCAUUGAUCUAUCACUCCCUCCCUUUACGCAAUAGAUUGAAUGACGGAUGAAUGGAUGGAUGCACAGAUGAAGGAAUGGAGGACGCAUUAAAGCAUCUUAAAACAGAAUGGAAAGAAGUACGGUUAUACAUGGAAGGACGACAGCAAACAGGAGAAUCAUAGGAGCGAGAGAAAUGGCUCAGAAGAUGGAAAAAUGGUGGAAUAAUGAAUAAACAAAGGAAUACA